CAAUGAAUUCAGCAGAAACUGACUAUGGGAAUGAGAAUUCCCCUAGAACAGAAAAGGUUACAAAUCCCAUUUCUUGUGGAACUGAAAAUGCUGUAAGUCAGGUUUCUUACUCGAUGAAUUCCGAACAGCCUGAAGCUGGUGGUGAUUGCUAUGGAAUUGAUGAGAUUGCUAGUCAAGUUUCUCUUUCAACAAACCAUGAAGACACUGGUAAUGAAAGUUCCUAUGGAACGGAGAAUGUGUCUUGCUGUCUAGUGUCUCCCUCCAUGAAGUGUAAACAGUGUGACGCUGGUGGUGAUCGCUGUGAAAUCAACAAGUGUGGAAGUGAUGACCCAACACUUGCAGAUUUCUCGUCUGCCGAUCUGUCAGAGGUGCCUUCCGAAUUCACCAAUCAGGACCAGAUACACCAUUUGCUGCUGGACUACAACAACCUUUCAAGUCUCCCUGAGAAUCUGCCAUGGAUUCUUCCAAACAUUAAAACUCUUUCGGCCAAUGGGAAUCAGAUCGAGGUUGUACCCACAGGAUUUUGGCACUUCAGAACCAUACAGGAGAUCCAUCUAAACGAGAACUGUUUGGAGGAGCUGCCAGAUUCGCUGUGUCUGCUAAAGUCUCUCCGAGUCCUCAAACUAACGGGAAACAAUCUUAAGAGUCUGCCAGAAAACAUCGGAGAGUUGUCUUCCCUUGAAGUUCUCAACAUUGAUGAAAACAGUCUGGUAAAGAUUCCACAAACGUUCAGUUUACUGACCAAGCUGGAGAUAUUGGAAGCUAACAACAACAUGAUUACCUGUCUGCCUAAGGAUGUGGGUAAUCUGGUCUCGUUGAAAACCCUGAACCUGAGCAGCAACGAGAUCAAAGAACUGCCAGAAAGUCUGGGUGACCUGCCUGCCCUGCAGUAUGUCGACCUCUCGUCAAACUUCAUCAUAUACCUCCCAAAACAUUGCAGGUCCAAAACAACAUUAAAAAAGUUUUAUGCCGACGUCAACUGUCUAGCUGAGCUUCCCGAGUGGAUUUCAGACUUGCCCUCGCUGGUGGAGCUGUCACUUAAGGACAACAAGUUAACCAAAAAACCCAUCUCGGACAGAUUUGGGAACAGGUGCAAACAUUUAACUGUCUUGGACAUAGGCGGGAAUUUUAUGACCGAGUUGCCCGAAUCUAUUGGUAGUAUGACGAAGCUGGAAUGUCUGUACGCAGGAAGUGUGAUAGAUGAGCUGGAACGGAGGAACUUCCAGAACGGAAACUGGAUUUCCUACGUUCCUCAGAGUUUGUGUUCGCUGUUGUCGCUGAGGGAGCUGCGGCUGGAUGAAAACCAACUGAAUGGGUUGCCAGAAGACUUCGGCCAUCUUGUCAGUUUGGAGUUUCUCGAUCUCGGUCAGAAUUUGAUCCAUGAUCUGCCAGAGUCUUUUGGAAGUUUAAAGAAACUGAGGGUUCUUCUGUUGUCUAAAAACCAUCUUCAGAUUCUUCCAGCCAGCUUUGGUAACCUUGUUAGCUUGGAAGACCUCAGAAUGGACAACAACCAGAUUGCGGAACUGCCUGAAUCCUUUGAGAAAUUAACAAACCUUAAAACGUUGGAUCUCUUCAACAACUUACUGAUGGAAAUUCCAAAAUGUCUGUCUCACCUGACGAAGCUGGUCCGACUUGAUGUUGAAGAGAACAAAUUUGGGAUCCCACGUAAAGAUAUUCCGAUAAUUGUGCGAACCUUGCACUACCCACCUCGUGACCCCAAGUUGAAGAACAACUGGAGAGGGCGUUCACGUGAUGAUAAAGACGCAAAAGUUGACGACAUCAUCCAUAUAUCUGGGUCUGAGAGUGACGAGGCUGACGAAGAACCAGAACAGGAGCAGUACAGCGACACGCAGCUCUUUCUCGCGGCCAAGAGAAGCUUGUCGAUAUGGCAGUCACACAACGGGCCCAGUCACAGGGAGAAGUUUGUCAGACCCGUCAGAAACGGUUUUUACUAUCCCAAGAAUCACAACUACGACAACUGUGAAGAAGAAAAUGGUGAUGAUGAUGAAGCUAUAGCUCGGACUGAUCUUGAAAACAGUGAUAAAGUGGUUUCAUGUUCACCAGUGUCGACAGAUCAUAUCAUCGCAUCGGAUGAGAACUGGGAGGAUGAGAUAGAAACGGUUACUGGUCAGUUUGAUUCCGUCAACAUUGGCGACCAACCCGUUGUGUCGUGGCAGCUGAUCUCCGAGGUGGAGGAAGAAUGCUUCCUUGCAUAUGACAUUCACGCUCGGUCGUAUCCCAGAAACUUUGACCUUGACCUUCCUGUCGAGGAGAACCAGUUUGACGAUGCGAGCGAGAGCGACUCGGGCAGCUGACACGAGCACUCCCGUGUUUACUCACAGGCACCGUUUCGACUGGCAUGUCGAGUCAUAGAUUCGGUUUGCCAGUCAAUGUGUGCUUUGUUGUGAAAGAGCGACACAAGAACUGCAGUGUUUACUCACAGGCUGCGUUUCGACUGGCGUGUCGAGUCAUAGGUUCCGUUUGCCAGUCAAUGUGUGCUUUGUUGUGAAGUGGACUGAUGAGAAUGGAUGACGUAUCGUGCCAAUGUUUUACAUUUAGUGUGCUCUAAGUAAUAAAACCAGUUUGAUAGUGGGUGAUAUUGUAACAACAAGUAUUCUGAGAGUACUGCUAAAAGCAAUACAUGUCACCCACCUGGCCCAACACAUUAUAAUAUCUCUCUAAGUUCAAGGGCCGUAACUGUUUCCAAUAAAAGUCAAAUUGAUCUGUAUCUCUACAUGGUAAAGCUUUACAGAAAUUUUCCAGCUCAGCAUCUUGAGGUAUUGUGGAAAAAAUAGUCCUGAAACCUAAUUGUGGGACAGAUGUACGGACAGACAGACGGACAAAACCUAUAGUCCUCUCUGGUUGGACCAGUAGGGGGCUAAUAAAAAAACAAAUGAUCAAAAAUGCUUAUGGCUGUUCCAGAAUUUAUAAAGGAGGGCGGGAAGGUGCCAUCAUUAUUAUUUUAUGCUUGCAGGGAACAUUUUGUUGAGCAUUGUGUUGUGAUUCACUACAGAAGUUUCAGAGACCACGUCACAAUUCUAAAUUGUUAUUUAGUAGUUGCCGAUCAGUUUAUCUGAUUAGUAAGUUGCCUGACCUGAUGAGGCUGUCGUGUCCACUGUACAUACAUGGUUUGAAUAUAGAUAAUACUACAUGAGUGGCCAGUAGAUAACAUUUAUCUUAAGAGUUUAUGUAGAGAAUAUUGCAUUAGCCAGUAGAUACCAUUAAACUUAUGAGUUUGUUUCAAACCCCCUCUAUUGAGUGAGUUGGAUACAUUGUUAAACAACUUGUAGAAUUAUAGGAUAUUAAACAAGCUUCCAUUUCAUAUAAUUUUUAUGUCCCGAGUUAAAAUAAUUUUCAUUUGUCACAAGCUUUAACAAGUAACAAAAUGGUAGCAAGCUUAAUAUCCUAUUUCUUACCCAUAAUCAAUCUUAAUUUAUUUGACGUUCCUGUAAAGUUGUAGUGCACCAAUCAGUUGCGUUGAAGUGUUAUGUCCCACUUGGCAUUCUAGUGAGACAUCUCACUUCGAUAUGUACCCGUACCAAGAUAUGUUUAACUAUAUGGGUAAUAAUAAAUGGUAUCUAAUGGACACAUAUGUAGUACUCGGUUUGUUGCAUAUCCUCAAAAACAAGGAUUUAAACAAAUGUAAACUCAAAUCUAUUUUUGGCGUUCGAGCGUUGCCAUUAACUUAUGUGUCACAAAGCAAUCUGUUUUAUAUUAACUCAUAUACGACACAGAGCAGUCAAUUUUGAGCAUGCUAUUUUAUUGGAUGGUAUUGCUGCAGUGACCAGGGUCCUAAUUCACAAAGCUCUCUUAGGCUCUGCUAGACAACAAAGCAUCCUCUUUGCAAGUCUUUUUGCAUUGCACUGCACGCAAAGUUGCGAGAGUUUAGUGAAUUAGGUCCCAGAUCAUCACCUAGGAGCAGUAUGUCUUUAGAUUGAUAUCACACACGUGUUAUUAGUGUAUGUUAUCACAAAUAACGUGACGUUCUCAUCAGCGGGUUGGCAAUAAGAAGUAGUAGUUGUAGUAUAUUAAUAAACUACCCCCUUCCACUGAUGUUAUCAGUUCUGGGACAGUCUUUGGUAUUGUAGUAUAUUAAUAAACUACCCCCUUCCACUGAUGUUAUCAGUUCUGGGACAGUCUUUGGUAUUGUAGUAUAUUAAGAAACUACCCCCUUCCACUGAUGUUAUCAGUUCUGGGACAGUCUUUGGUAUUGUAGUAUAUUAAUAAACUACCCCCUUCCACUGAUGUUAUCAGUUCUGGGACAGUCUUUGGUAUUGUAGUAUAUUAAUAAACUACCCCCUUCCACUGAUGUUAUCAGUUCUGGGACAGUCUUUGGUAUUGUAGUAUAUUAAGAAACUACCCCCUUCCACUGAUGUUAUCAGUUCUGGGACAGUCUUUGGUAUUGUAGUAUAUUAAUAAACUACCCCCUUCCACUGAUGUUAUCAGUUCUGGGACAGUCUUUGGUAUUGAUCAUUUAACACUGGAUGUGGUUGUGAAACAAAACUGUAUGUAUUGUAAAAUGUCAGUCUUUCACUUUUGUUAUUAUGGGCAUACCAGACAAGUUCAUUAAUUCAUUUCAACUUAUUUUCGUGCUUAUAUCCAAUUAAGGUUCAAGCACGCUGUCCUGGCUGUCUGUCCAGGACAGUGGGUUAGUGGUUAGUGCAAGAGAAGACAGUGUAGUGGUCUUGCACCUACCCAUUGAGUCAUUAAAAUUCACACUGGGUGAGAACAGGUACCAGGUUGUGAACCCGGUACCUACCAGUCUAAUGUCUGAUAGUGUAACCACGACACCACCAAAGACAAAAUUUGUAAUUUGACUUAUAAUAAGUCUCAAGCCCCAGCCUAUGGUGUAGGGAAUGACCACUGUCUACUUUCAGUGAAGUGAAAACAAACACAGUAUUACUGAUGCAAUAUUUUUACUUGAUACAAUGACAUCAGUCACAAAGUGACUUAUAGGAUAACAUUUGUGUACAUGUGUUUAUGUGUGUAUUAGCCAGCUUUUUAAUGCUAGGUAUGUUGAAAAAGUUCAAGCUAACACGUCCACAGACUUGGAGCUUUUCUCUGGAAGACCAGGUCAGGUCAGGUCAUAGGGUUUAACGUUCACAUUCAGAGCAAGCUGUUGUAGCGCAUGUCUGUUGUGGGCACAAGUUCUUGCAGGAGCAAGCUCUUGCGUCCAAGACAGGAAACUGGGGGGUGGAGGCAGGAUUCUGGAAGACCAAACAACAGAACACAUUCUAUAGCGGUGCCCACCCUAUCAAGGACUGAGAUAAUCUGAUUGGCCAGUGCGAUUUCCCUACACACCAAGCUCUCUGGUGACAGAGUAGAACUGGAAAAGAUGUGUCCUUUCAUUCUACUGACUGCUGGACUACUGAUGUAGCUUGUGAAAGACAGACAAAUGCUUUGUGCUCAUCUGCUGGUUAAUGAUGACUUUAUGUUCUUGUCUAUAUGUGUCUAAAUGUGUGUGUGUGUGCGCGCGCGUGGCUUGUGUCUGUGUGUGCAUGUGCAUGCAUGCUUGUGUGUUUUUGUGUGCGUGUGUGUGUGCGUAUGCUUUAUGCAAAAUCUGAUUGAGUGAAAACUGCAUUACACGUAGCUGUAAUAUUUGUUUGUGUCUCUGUUACACGUCUACUGACUUGUCAGGAGGUGUGUGCUUGAUUUAAUAUUCUCAUCAUCGAUCAUAAACUGUUCACUUUCAGCCACUCUUUCAGACAUAUCCAAUGAAUUAUCACCUGUGGUUUUUUCUCCCUCUCGUUACAUUCCUUUCUUCUGAUCAGCAAAAUGGAGCUGAUUAUCAGUUAUAAUUUCUUUGUCUAAUCACUUCAGGGCUUCUAGAAGUUUUAUAAAAUCCACAAGCCAUUUAAAAUUUACUAGCCACGAUUAAAACUUCACUAGCCCUACUUUAAGUUGAUACAAUUUUACUAAAUAAUAGUAAAAAUCAGAUAUCGUUUGAAGACUGAGAUAGAGCUUUAAAAAAAAUUAACAGUGGGGGCAGGAUAUUCAUAUUUACAAAAUAGACUUAACUGCAACAUUUGAAAAAAAUAUAAUUCACUAGCCGUCGGGCAUAACAAUAGUAGUUAUUUACUAGCUCAACAUUGAAUACCACUAGCCAUAGGCUAUCAUAAUCUAGAAGCCUUACACUUUUUUAUUUUCUCUGUUUAGCAAUCCCUUCAGUUGGCUGUUGUUUCCAUUUGUGGUGUUCAACUUUGUGUUAAUUUCCACCAAGUCUCUGGUAUACCCUGUUUUCUGUGACUGAACUAAAUUGUAGAAUUUCUUUACCCUGUUGUAUGUCUCAGUUAAUUUUGAAUCAGCAUCAGAUGUAGAAAGCCACACUUCAGAUAGAGACUAGUAUUUCAUGGCAUGCUUGUGAAUCUAAAGAGUUGGCUAUUUUUCUCUCUUAAACAUACAAAAUGGCAGGUGGGCAAGAGAAAGUCAUUAGUCUUAAGGGUGUUUGCAGCGCAAGCGCGGUGUAGACAAAGAAAACAGAUGCAUCCAAAAAUCAGUUCCACGUGUGACUAGUCAUAAAAACAGUAUAUUAUGUUUUUUCUCACCUAAGUCAACGAUCAAUUGCAUUUUUAAAAAUUACAAUUGUUUAGAUUUUUCAGCUUUUAACAAUCAAUUACUGGUAUGGGAGCACCUUUUCAGAUUUCUUAUUUAAAGUUUUCAUCUUCAAAGUGAUUAUAAAAUCUCUUUCCUUGUUUAUAUUUGUAAUCAACUUCUUUUCUUUCUUUCUUUUUUCUUCUUUUUUUUUUAUACGAGACUACUGACUAAGCAAAUACUCUUCUUAACAAUACAGUUUCCUUUGGAUGUUUUGGAAGAUGGAGUCUUCUUUAGAGCAAUCUGUAAUAACACUGAUAAACAGAUUACCCUGCUGAUAUAGAACAUCAGUAUUAGUGUAACAUGCUUUUCAAUGUUCAUUGAUUUAUUAACAUUAAUAGUAACUCUUGAGCCAAUAAUAAGUUCCUUGACAGUGUUGUGAUUUCUUACUUUUUAAAAACAAUUCAGAUGUCUGAAUUUACAUCAGUAUCAAUCUGGGCAGUGUGCACUACAUAAUUAUUCAUUUCCAAUUUUACGGUUUGUAUUGGUUAAAUUUAGGUUAUUGUUCGUUUUUUGUUUCUGUUUGGUUUUUGGCUUUUGGUUUUUUAAAUGUGAUAGUUAUAUUUUUAAUUGAGUUUCGACAAUAAAGUUAAAGUAAUUUAUUAAAAAGUAAUAUUAAAAGGGUGUCUGUUAAUUAAUUAUUGAAAAUGUUCAAUAGAUAACAUCACUUUGACAAAGCUCCCCAAAAAGUGUUUCUGUCCAUGUAUUACGUUUGAAGUGAUCUCAGUUUUGUGUCUUGUCGGCCAAUUAUAUUUUUAAGAUGGUGAUUGUAUCAUUUAUUAAUCACACUUGGUCCUUUUUUUUUUUUAAUUAGCCUUAAUCUCUAUUAAUCUUUUUUGCAAAGAACAGUGUUCAAAAUUGAGUGAAUUCCAUUGUGAUGAAAUAUAUUCACAUAUUUAACUUGUGUUUGCUUUUUUGUUCACCAUACUUUAUUACAUGAUUUGUUUGGGAAGUAUCUUAGUAACUAAAAGCACAGACAUGUUUUUUCAGUAUACGGUUGCAUAAACCUUGAAAUUUAAGGUCUAUUAAAAUAGCAGCAAGUUCUUUGGCAGUAAGGAGUUUCAAUUCAGAUUCAAACUGGUAUUGCGUGUUAACCUAUCGGUUACCCUUAAUAAAAUUUGCAAUUUUUUUUUUUUUUAAUAUUAGUAAAUAAAAUUGUUUGAAUGUAA